CCAAGGUACGUCGGACGGCGCAUGCGUUCUUGUCAGGUGACCAAGGCAACCCGGAAGUCUCCAUGUUUACGUUUCGUUUGCUUUGUGGUGCAAAUGGCGGCCGAGGAAAAGGAAAAGAAAGGCCUCGUUCGGCGGCGGCCGGAGCUGGGCGGCCGAGACCGAGAGAAGAGCCUGAGGGCGGCCGUCGAGCGACAACUUUCGGCGGCGGCCGAACGCGUCGUGCGGCUACUGCAGGAGCGGCCCAGCUCGGGUGGCCGUCAGCUCAGGCGGAUGGUGAUGGACGCUGUCGCCGCCGCCGUCGAGCGAAUCUUCAGCGAGUAUCAGGCGGUGGCCGCGGGAGCAGGAGCGGGAGCUGAGGUUGAACCCUCUACGCCGGAACGCGACUGCCCCGCCGGGUUGCCUGCCCACGACGGGCCAAGAGAUGUCGGCGGCAAGCCGCACCGAUGCCGAGUGUGCGGCAAGUCGUUUGGCAGAAAAGGCUUUUUGAUGAGGCACGUGGACAACCACGCCGAGGACACGGAGCCCGCAUGCGGCCUCUGUGGCGUCCGCGCCACCUGCGGCGAGGACCUGCGGCCCCACCUGCAGAUGCACCGCGACAGCAACAGGACCUGUGACGCCUGCGGAAAAAAGUUUCCCUCCGCCCGAGCGCGGGAAACGCACCGGCAACUCCACGCUGGGGCGGCACCCUUCUCGUGCCAGGUGGGCUCCAAACAACUCGACCAGAAGACAAACAUGACGACCCGUGCCUUGACGCCUUUCCCUCCUCCCACUCAGAAUGCUCAGAGCCCCCGGACCACCAGCGGCACGGACGACCACGUGCCCACGGCCCCGAUGAGUCCGCACCAGGACCACGCGGCUGACAGCACAGUAGACCCCUCUCACCGGCGGGGCCAGCAGCAGGAGGCUGACCCGUCCGGCUGCAGGUUGCCGGACCGCCUUGGAGAGCACGUUCAAGAUGCUGUUCGGGAGCGUGUUGGAGAAGAGCGUUUUCAGGACCGCGUUGAGGACGGUGGGCCAGAGUGCGUCCGCACUGAGGAGCAGAUCCAGGACGGCGUCGAGGACCGUGUUCAGGACCGCAGGGAGAAGUGUGACCUGCCCUUCCCCAAGAGUUCGCCGGCGUCGUCGUACGGCGAGCGCCACAAGGGCUUCCCCCGCAGGGGUGCUUUGGAUCGCCAGCCCUUCAUCUGCGAGUUCUGUGGGAAGACCUUCACGGAGAAGGCGGCGCUGAAGCGGCACCUGAAGCGGCACACGGGGGGCAGGCCGCGAGUCCACGGCUGCGACGAGUGCGGCAAGAAGUUCACCAUGAGUCAGCACCUGCACGUGCACAAGAGGAUCCACACGGGCGAGAAGCCGUACGCCUGCCGGGUGUGCGGCAAGACCUUCCGGCAGGUGGGGAACCUGGACGCGCACGCUAAGAUCCACACGGGCGAGAAGGCCUUCGUCUGCAGCCUGUGCGGGAAGAGCUUCCGCCAAAAGAUCUCGCUGGAGACGCACGAGCGCUUCCAUCGGAAGGACAAGGUCUUUGCUUGCCACGCCUGCGACAAGAGCUUUGUGCAGAAGGUGGACCUCAAGAGGCACAUGCUGACGCACUCGGGCGAGAAACCGCACGUUUGCCGCAUAUGCCACAAGCGCUACCAGGAGAAACGCUCGCUGGAGGCUCACAUGAAGGUGCACGCUGCCGCCGCUGCGGCUCACGACGCCGACAAGCGCCCUGAGCGCCAAGACUUGCUGGAGCUCUGAGUCUGGGGCCAUUCCCCGGGGACAAGGACAUCAUUUAGGCCGCCCAAAACAAUUUGUCAUUUCUCUCCUGACUCAACCACAACGAGGUGAAUUUGUUUCGGGACCGCUCUCGUUACUCCAAACUCUGCCCCUCCACCCCCUGAAA